UCUCGUCAUUAGGAAGAACUUUCUUACACUACAAUAUUAAAGAAGGGGAUACACUCCACCUCGUACCACGUCAUGCUCAUCACAUGGUAUUUAUUAAAACAGCAACUGGUAACACUAUCACUCUUAAAGUUGAUCCAAAUGAUACUAUUGAGAACAUUAAAUCACAAAUACAAGCUAAGAAAAUGAUUCCAAUUGAUCAACAGAAACUGAUCACUCGCUAUCGUAAGCAAUUAGAUAAUUCUCUAACACUAUCAGAUUAUAAUAUUGAAGAUAAAGCUAUUCUGUAUCUUACCCAUUACCUUAGAAGUGGCACAGAUAUUUAUAUCAGAACUUUUAGUGGUAAAAUGGUGGUUUUUGAAGUCCUACCUACAGAUACUGUUAGUUAUUUAAAGAAAAUGAUUAGAGAUAAAGAAGGAAUCUCAUCAAAUGAUCAAACUUUGUUUUAUGCUGGUCAACAACUUGAUGAUGCCUCAACUUUAGCAAAUUAUGAUAUUCCAAUGGAAAGCAUGUUACAACUUGUAACUCGUUUUUGCCCUAAUAUGACAAUAUUUGCUAAAACUUUGAGUGGUAAGACGAUAAAACUUAACGUUAAUUUUUCUGAUACAGUUAGUGAUAUAAAAAGAAAGAUAGAAGAAAUGGAAGGUAUACCAUGUCAUGAACAGAAGAUAAUAUUUGGUCAGAGGCUACUGGGAGAAGAUUACAUUGAAGAAGCACUUUCACCUGGUAAAAUUAAAACACUUCUUGAUCAUAAUGUUAAAGAUGGAAGCAUAUUGCACUUGAUAUUUCCCUCAAGAGCUAGUGGUGUAAUUGUUAAAUUUCCAGCUGGUAAAAUAAUUAUGCUUGAUACUGAACCUUCUGAUACUAUUGAGAAUGUUAAAGCAAAGAUAAAAGAUAAAGAAGGAAUCCCACCUGAUCAGCAGAGACUCAUAUUUGCUUUUAGAAGAUUAGAAGAUGGUCGUACACUGUCAGAUUAUAACAUUCAAAAUAAAGAUACAAUACAUUUACUUCUUCAUCGCUUUGGUACAUCUAUGAAAGUAUUUGUAAAAGCUUUUACUGGUAACAUGAUUACUUUACAAGUUGAACCUUCUUUUACUAUUGAGAGUGUUAAGUAUAUGAUUCUGGAUGAAGAAGGAGUCCCACUUCAUCUGCAAGAACUUUUAUUUGCUGGUAAGCAAUUGGACAAUGGUCAUCAGCUCUCACAUUAUAAUAUAAAGAAUGAAAAUACAUUAGAUUUACAAUUUAUUCCUGUUGGACAGAUGCAAAGCCAAAGUAUUGAACCAGAACCAUUGAGUCACUACAGAUUGUUCACCUUUUAUGAACAUACUCCAGCCACAAAAAUAUGGAAUAUACACUUUGUUGUUACAAAGAACAAUACCUCUCACAUUGAAAAAGCAGUAUCUGAGAUGAGUGCUACAAGGUCAUAUAGUAGAGGGGAUCCGGAAACUGUGUUCUCAUUUGACGAUAAAAAAGAAAUUGUUUUUGAUAUUGAAUCAUCCAUUAUUAAUGGAUGGAAACUUUUACCAUUCCUAACACCUUGCAAAGUGCAUAAAGCUGAUGUUGAUUAUCACUCUGAUGUUGGAGGUAUUAGUAAGAUAACUUUGCGUGUUGAAGGUCCACCCGAUUCUGAUAGUUUUACUCAUUGCAUUUCUAUUACUGGUACAAAAGAUCCAUCAUUAUCUAUUGCAAUUAUGUGUUCAGAUCCUUCAUUGCUAUCUCCUAUAAAUCUAGUAAGGGAAGAUAAUGAACCUCCUCCAGCUGUUGAUCCCAGCAUUAGGAAGCUAUUGGAGGAAGUUGCUGCUAGAGCUCCCAAUGAAUGGAUAAAAAUUGGCACAAUGCUAGACAUUGAUCAACACGUGUUAGAUGGUAUCAAAUCUCAAUUUAAUGAUGGCGACUGUGUAAGCCGGCUUGACAGAAAUUUCCCAAGGAACCUGAAAUGAUCAGCAACAAGUAUAAAUCAGAAAUGAUCAGUUGCCUGUGUGUCCGGUUCUCUCUCGAACUUGUAUUUCCUCAAUAAAGUCAUUAGACACAUUUUAGUUUCCAUCAAUGCAAACCUCAUACCAACACAAUUACGAGGACCAGCACCAAAUGGCAUUAUAACACAUAGGAUGACGUGACUCCUCAUCAGGACUAAACCUGUCAUUAUAAAGACACAACUCAUCCAGUAUAUGCAUAUACUGGACUCAAACCUUUCUGGUCUAAAGAACUCAGGCUGCUCCCAAUGUUCAACUGACCGAUGGAGCAUUUGAAUAGGAAUUAGUAUCCCACAUCCUCCUGGGUUCAUUGCUAAAAGAUAUGAUGUGAAAGCUAAUACAUUAUAGUUGUCUUAUAUCCAGCUAAUAAGCCAAUCCAAAAUAUCUCUUUUAAUAUAUCAGGAUCAAGGACAUAAACCACAGGCUCAGAACCAAAGUAAUACCUAUGCAAGUUAAUUUCAUGACUAUUAAGUCAUGAAAUUAAAUCAUAGCAAUGCAUCAUGAAAUGUGAUCUAUGCUAAAACUUAUUAACCUCUCCAACUUGAGAUGUUGACUAGAUUAAUUGUCAAAUUUUUUUGAUGUGCACACUUAAUUUUGUAAUUAUUAUUUCAUAAUACGUUUUUGUAUUUAAUGUCAUACUAAUCAUUUAAUUCAAUAUAAAAUAAGAGUUGGGAGCUACAUUUACUUUAGCUUUUGAUAUAGCCAUGCUGAAUCACAUGAAACUUGUAAGUGACAUAUCUUAUUAUCAUGCAUGAAUCCAUUUGUUGUUCAUUUGUCAUGAUUUGUGUUUCUAUCACUCCUGCAA